AUGGAAAGCUCAGGGCCAUUUGAAAUGAACUUGCUGCUUGUUGAAAUGCUUUGCAAUAAUAUCUGGAAUGUUAACAUUGUUAUAGGAUCUGUAGUAUAUUGCCACUCUUCUUCUGCUUUGGCAUUAAUUGAAAUGGUUGUUGACUCUUUUACUUUAAUGAUCUCUGCUGCAUUGCAGAUGUUUUAUGGGUGGUGUGGGGGUGGGUGGGUGGGUGGGUGUGGUGUGGUUGUGCUCUGCAGUAAUACCAUUAGUGAUGCAACCAGGAGUCAUAAUGUAGGAUGCAGAAUUAGCUGUAAUGCCUUUUCUGUUCUGGACAUGGUAUGGAGUGAUUUCCAGUCUUUCUGUCAGCCAUCCUCUUCAUGCCGGUAG